AUGAUGAUUAGCAGGGAAUGUAAGAACUCAUAUGGCAAGACUUCAGUGAAUUCAUCAUCCGAGAUCAGCGUCGAAAGGACUUCUGUACAUGCGGAUGAACGCGCUGCCACUCUCAACCAUUACAUCCGCAUCUUCACAUAUGCAACGUCGUGGGAUAUUCUGGCUCUGACGGCCGGUAUCUUGGCUGCCAUGGGCUCCGGAGUCACACAACCGUUGAUGUUUAUUCUGUUUGGAAACUUUGUCGAGGAAUUCAAUGGUGUUGAGACGGAGGACUGGGGUGCGGAUCUGACCACCACUCGGCAAACUCUCAGUCAUCUAUGUCUCUUCGUGACUGCCCUGUUUAUUGCCCGGUUUGGCCUCGCUUCGAUCCAGAAAUUUGCCUUCCGCCUGAUUGGUAUUCGACUCUCGGCUGCGAUACGAUUGCAUUAUCUGGUACAUCUCUUUGAUCAGAGUAUGCAUGUUCUUGAUUCUCUACCACCUGGUCAUGCCGUUGGCACUAUCACGAGCAGCAGCAACACGCUUCAAGGUGGUAUUUCCGAAAAGCUCGCCAUCUUUAUCGAAUACACAACUCUUAUUAUCGGUUCUUGUGUCGUUGCUUUUGUGUGGAGCUGGGAGCUUUCGCUAGUGACACUGGCAGGCUUUUGUGCUGUAGUUCUGGUUGCUGGUAGUUUAUUCCCACUAAAUGUCAGGGCCCAGACUCGCCAGAUGGAGAUGGAAAAGCAAGCAGCCAGUAUUGCCAGUGAAUGCUUUGCGAGUAUCAAGGUGAUCAUGGCGUGUGGUGCACAACAGCAAGUUGUCGACAAAUACGGGUCUUUAAUCCAAGAGGCCAAGCAGCAGGCACAGUCUACAAACUUGUUCACGUCACUCCAGUUUUCCUUGACAUUCUUCGGUGUCUUCGGGACCGUCGCUCUUGCCUUCUGGUAUGGGGCCCUUAUUUUCACCAAAGGCAGGGUCGAUAAUGUGGGAGUCAUUACUGUGGUUCUCCUGUGCUUGGCGACUAUCUUCUUCUCCCUCGAUCGAGUCUUCUCGCCUCUACAAGCAAUGGGAAAGGCAUCUAUCGCCGCUCACGAGUUCUUUUCUGUGAUCGACGUCCCUGUGCCCAGAAAAGGAAUCCUCAAGGAGCCAGAUGUUUCUGCUACAGAAGACAUUGUGUUCGAUAAAGUCACUUUUGCGUACCCGAGCAGAGCCGAUGUCAAGGUCCUUGAACAACUCGACUUGCGCAUUGAGGCUGGCAAGGUGACUGCUAUUGUUGGCCCCUCGGGUUCCGGGAAAAGCACCAUAACUGGCCUGAUUGAGCGUUGGUACACUUUGAAACAGCAGCAUGACACGGCAAAGCAGCAAAAUGUCAAAGAAGGCCGGAAGCUUCCAAAGAAUCAUUAUGCUGCCCAUAAUUCUGGAAUUGACGGAACCAAGGUGCAAAGUGUUGGAGAUCCAGUUGAGCUCCAAGGUACCAUCACAACAUGCGGUUAUUCGCUAGACGAUAUCGACGUGAAGUGGUGGCGAUCACGAAUUGGACUUGUACAACAAGAGCCGUUUUUGUUCAAUGACACUAUCUAUGAGAAUGUUGCUCGUGGUUUGAUCGACACACCCUGGGAGGGAGAGCCCAAUGAGCGAAAGAGGGAGCGUGUCAUGGAAGCUUGCCAGGAGGCCUUUGCCGAUGAUUUCAUCAACAAACUCCCAUUGGGCUACGACACAUGUGUUGGUGAAGGGGGUGCUAGACUCUCAGGUGGUCAACGCCAACGACUUGCCAUCGCUCGAUCUAUCGUCAAGAAGCCUGAUAUUCUAAUCUUGGACGAAGCCACCAGCGCCAUUGAUGUCCGUGGCGAACGAUUCGUACAGGCAGCUCUCGAUAAAGCAUCGCAAAAUCGAACGACGAUUGUGAUUGCCCAUCGGCUCUCCACGAUCAAAAAUGCAGAUCGUAUUGUGGUUCUCAAAAAGGGGAAGGUCAUCGAAUCGGGUAGCCAUAAGAGCCUUGUCUCCAUAGACGGUGGUUUUUAUUCUGGUCUCGUCCAUUCAGAAGCCCUUUCUCUUGGCGAAUCGCCAAGAGAAGCACAGAAUUCAUUUGAGACGGAAGACUUUGGCACCAUCAGCCGAGAACAGACAAAGGAAACGACUAAGAAUUGCGAAGAGCACCAUGCACGCGAUAAGAGAAGAUUAAGAGGACGCAGCAUCUUUAGAAGCUUUCUCCAGUUAUUCUUCGAAUCAAAGAGUCAAUGGGGCGUGAUGAGUCUCGGCGUUCUGGUCUCAGCCGCAGCAGGAACAGCACAGCCUAUGCAUGCGUGGAUGUAUGCGAGGUCGAUUAGCCUUUUCAAGUGGCAGGAUGAUCAUUCUAAGCUCAUGUAUGAGGUGGAUUUCAUGGGCAUCAUGUGGACUGUCUUUGCUGCCUCUGCUGGUAUUGCCUAUCUCGUAACGUUUCUUUGCUCCAGUCACGUCUCGUCGUUUAUCCGAGCAAAGUACCAGGUGCAGUACUUCGAGUCCCUCAUUCAACAGCGAGCUGUAUAUUUCGACGAAACCGGUCACUCUCAUGGUACUUUAGUCGCCCGCGCUAGAGAUGACCCACAGAAGCUCGAGGAGAUGAUGGGCACGAACCUCGCUCAAGUGUGCAUCGCUAUUUUCGCUAUCAUCGGGGGCCUCAUCAUGUCUAUGGUGUAUAGUUGGAAACUUGCACUAGUCUCACUCUGUGCUGUUGCACCGCUUUGUGUGCUCUCAGGUUAUAUUCGAAUGCGAUACGAGGUUGAAUUCGAGAAUAUGAGUGAUGCGGUCUUUGAUGAAAGUUCUCAAUUUGCCUCUGAGGCAAUUGGGGCUUUCAGGACUGUGACUUCUCUAACACUUGAAAGCUCUAUUUUUAAUCGCUUUGAGAGAUUGUGCCAUGCACAUAUGCUUUCCGCAUACAAAAAGGCUCGCUGGGUGAGCAUCAUUCUCGGGUUCUCAGAAAGCACCAAUUUGGGCUGCCAGGCGCUUAUCUUUUACUACGGCGGCCGCCUUCUUACCCAAGGUGAGCUUAGUAACAUGUCGUUCUUUGUGUGUUUGAUGGCAAUUAUGAAUGCUGCUGAGGGGUUUGGGAAGAGCCUGAGCUUUGGUCCUAACGCGGCUCAGGCAGCUGGUGCAUCAAAUCGUGUUCUUCAUACAAGGGAUUCCAGCCUGAAAGCUCCAUGCGAGAAGGAUGGCGUUCCUGUAGAAGACGGUGGUAUUAGAAUCGAGCUCCGUGGCAUUCGUUUGAGAUAUCCCACUCGAAAUACCCCAGUUUUAAAUGGUCUGUGUAUGACCAUCGGGAAAGGGCAAUUUGCGGCCGUGGUUGGUCCAUCUGGCUGUGGAAAGACUAGCAUAAUUUCCUUGCUUGAGAGAUUUUACGACCCAGAAGAGGGUCAAGUACUCUUCAACGGAAAAGAUAUUUCGGAUGUCAACCUUUACGCAUAUCGCAAACAUCUGUCUCUAGUGUCACAAGAGCCUACCCUUUUCCAAGGCACAAUUCGGGACAACAUUCUUCUGGGAAUGGACCCGAGCACCGUGACGGACAAUCAACUUCAUACCGCCUGCCGCGACGCACUGAUUUAUGACUUUAUAGCCUCUAUCCCCGAGGGUUAUAACACAGAUAUUGGAUCCCGUGGUAUUGCUCUCUCCGGCGGGCAGAAACAGCGUAUCGCCAUUGCCCGAGCAUUAGUUCGCGAUCCCCGGGUCCUCCUUCUCGACGAGGCUACUAGCUCUCUGGACUUGAGGAGCGAACGACUGGUUCAAGCGGCCCUUGAGCGUGCAGCUAAAGGGAGGACUAUAAUUGCAGUUGCGCACAGGUUGGCCACUGUGCAAAAUGCAGACAUAAUCUUCGUGCUUGGUGAAGGUGGAAAGCUGUUGGAAAAGGGCAGCCAUCUACAGCUUCUUGGUAACAAAGGUGUUUAUUAUCAAAUGUGUCAGAACCAGGCUUUUGAUCAAUAA